UUUUGGUAUAUUUUUGUGGGUUUUGCGGUAUACUUGAUUGAUAAUCCCGCGGUCACACUGGUCCACUGGUUGCACGUGUAAACGCAAAAUGGGUAAAAAACAAAGUGAUGAGAUACCAGGAUUUCCUUCGUUGGACACCGAGGCGAGUGGGGGCAGCCGUGGCGACGACAUCCUCAAGAGCAAACCCAAAUCAAAGAAAAGCGGCGGCUUUCAAUCAAUGGGUCUGGGCUUUGAGUUAAUCAAAGGAAUCACAAAACGCGGGUAUAAAGUGCCUACGCCUAUUCAAAGGAAGACCAUACCACUCAUCUUGGAGGGGCGAGAUGUUGUCGCCAUGGCCAAAACUGGAUCUGGCAAAACGGCGUGUUUCUUGAUCCCUCUGUUUGAGAAGCUGCAGCGUCGCGAUCCCACAAAGGGCGCCCGUGCAUUGAUAUUAUCGCCUACUCGGGAGUUGGCAGUGCAAACGUACAAGUUUAUCAAGGAACUGGGUCGUUUUAUGGAGCUGAAGACCAUUUUGGUAUUGGGUGGCGACUCCAUGGACUCGCAGUUUUCGGCCAUCCACACAUGUCCGGAUGUUAUUGUCGCCACCCCUGGCCGCUUCCUUCAUCUGUGUGUUGAAAUGGACUUGAAGUUGAACUCCAUAGAUUAUGUUGUGAUGGAUGAAGCUGAUCGCCUUUUUGAAAUGGGUUUCGGUGAGCAGUUGAAUGAGACGCUGCAUCGACUGCCUGCCACACGGCAAAUGGUUAUGUUCUCCGCUACUUUGCCCAAACUAUUGGUGGACUUUGCUCGCGCCGGACUGAAUGAUCCAGUCCUCAUACGCUUGGAUGUCGAGUCAAAGCUGCCAGACGCAUUGGCCUUAAAGUUUCUACAUUGCCGCCCCGACGACCGCUACACAGCACUCGUCGUGCUGCUCAAAUAUGUAAUCCCAAAGGAGGCGCAGACCGUGGUGUUUGCUGGCACACAGCAUCAUGUUGAACUGAUUUCAUUUAUACUCGGAGAAGCUGGCAUCUCCAACACAUCCGUCUACUCCAGCCUGGACCCAGCGGCGCGUAAAAUAAACACCGCCAAAUUUGUGAACAAAAAGGUGUCGGUGCUGAUAGUUACUGAUGUAGCGGCACGCGGUAUCGACAUACCGAGCCUGGACUAUGUGGUUAACCUUCACUUUCCGGGAAAACCGAAGCUCUUUGUGCACCGUGUGGGACGAUGUGCCAGAGCAGGACGUACUGGAACCGCGUAUUCCAUAUUCUCCACCGAUGACACUGCCCAUUUGCUAGACCUGCACUUGUUCCUCAAUAGGCCCUUCAAUAUCCACGAUAGCUCCACCAUGGGCACCAUUCCACAGGACUUGCUGGAGGAGGAGCACCUGACUGUAAACGAAAUAAAGAAGAGCCACCACAUAGCCGGAGUGUUGCGCACCAGCGAGAAUGCAUACAAGAAGUACUUGAGCUCCCGUCCAGUGGCCUCCACAGAUGCGAACGCACGCGUCAAGAAGAUUAAAUUUUACGCACUCAAGCCCCUGGAGGAUUUCUUCACUGCGGCUCCCGUCCUCGCCCAAGCCGCUGAAGUCAAUGGGCAGUCGAGUGAGUCUCGCGAAGAGGUGGCUGCUACUGAGCGCAAGCUGCAGGAGGAGAAGCACGACAUAUUAGUCAAAAUGCGCAACUUUAGGCCGUGUGGAACCGUUUUUGAGCUGAAUUGUACACAGAAGUCAACUCAAUUCGUUGUGAUGAAGACAAAGCGCUCGGAGCACGCGGAAGUCAUCAAAAAGUUUCGACAGCAACGUGCUGACGAGGAUAUUGACGAGGCUCAAAGGGACGCUGAAAUACAGGAGCCGAGUACAGCCAAAAUGGCCACCGCCGACGAAGAGGCCAUAAGUAGUACAUUCAAUAAGGUUGUAGCCCCAAAGAGACGACUGCAUUGCGAUGACUUGUACAAGGAAAAGCCAAAGAGGAAAAAGCGCAGUGCCAACACCAAGGACGCCGAGCAUUACGUGCCCUAUCAGUCGGCGGACAAGCACACCGAAGAUGGGUUGGCCAUCAACACGUUCGAGCGACAAGCACAGAAUGCCGAGUUCUCGGUCAUAGAUCGCAACUCUUCGCAAGACACAAAACAGAGGCCAGGGCUAAAGAAAUGGGACCGCAUCAAGAAGAAAAUGGUUUCCGUGCAGGAUGUACGGGCCAACAAAAUUCGCACAGAAUCUGGCGCUUGGAUUCCUGCCUCCUUCAAGACGGGCCGCUACAGCGAUUGGAAGGAAAAGUCCAAGAUUGAGGAACAGGUGCAGCGCGAAACCGCCGGCACCGAAGACGACAACCGCAAGCCACUGAGCCAUGCCCAGCGCUACCCCGUCAGCCGACAUGCGCGCCACAAUGCGAAGUUGGAGCUGAAAAAGCGAAUGGGUGGCCCUGACAAGGAGCUACGUCGGCCCGAGCAAAUCGUCAAGUCCCGCAUGCGCCUGGAGUUCAUCAAGAAGCGCAACGAAGACAACGCAGAGCGAAAAGUGGAGAACCGCAAACGCAGCAUGAGAAAGAAUCAAAGACCAAGAGCUCAAGCAACUGGUGGUGGUGGUGGUGGCGGCGGAAGAAAGCGGAAGUAGGGAUGCCUUCAAUUUUCGAGAUCCUCAACGAUGGUGCCUGAAGGAAAGAUUCUACCUAAUCCCCACUAUUAGGAUAAAGAAAUUAAAAUAUGUUAUUCAUAAUAUUAAAAAGUGUCUUUAAAAUGUGGAUAACA